CAGCAGUGGUGUGUAAUGGGCUGCAGCCUGCUGAGGUUAUGAGGCGGUCUGAAGGAGUCUGGAGUCAAAUUCCUGAACACGUAGGAGCUCCUCACGUUGCUCCAACACGACGCACGACGCAGGGCGCAGCGACUAACGGAUUACUGGUCGACCGGUGGACGAGCGGCUAACAGACACCAGAUUCCUCUCGGCUGUUCUUUCUGCCAUUACAGCUGUACCAUCGGAUGUUUUUUCCGUUUUUUUCCAACAAGAAACAUGACGUGAAGACCAGCUUUUCUCUCCAGACGUUCGUGCGUAACUGAACCCAACUUGUUUGCCUCAGUGGAGAAAUGUAAGAAACUGAUCUGCAGCUAAUACGUCUGUCAGGAAAUGUUUAUUAGGCGCCGAAAAGCCGCUUUUACGCGUCGCUCCGGUGUAGAGGAAAAAAUAAAAGUCUGGGUUCACUUUUCCACAACGGAAAUGAGAUCAGUCCCUGUGCCUGGCUGGCUCCACUUCUUCUGAAACAUGGUCGAUGUAAGUCCACGCAGAGCCGGGAUCUGACACCGUUUCUCUACUGGAUGUAAAUACCUUUUUGUUGGUGGAAAGAUGUUUGCUGGACUGAUGGGACUGGACUGUCGUAGCAGCUCUCUGCUUCACCACUGCGAAGUCAUGGAAGGUGGCAGAGCAUCAGGGACAGCUGGCAGCUCCGGCCGUAAGAGGCUCCACAGAAGACCAGGGUACAUGAGAGGAGAGCAGUCCAGAAUACAGAGCGCUUCUCAGGAGGAGGAGGAGGAGGAGGAGGAGGAAGAGGAGGAUGGGAGGACUACUUGUAUGAGGAACGGAAAAUCUGUACGUCACGCUGACAUCCCUGAUGCAACGUGUGCUCAGAGGCUAACUCCUGCUGUCAAAGUGUCCUUAAUGAGUCAGCUGCAGCCUGAUAAACUCGCAUGUACCUCCUGCAAGAGUAAGAGCUUUCUCUGCUGUGUUACCCGUCAUCUCCCCGCUUUGGACUGCAGUUCUGUUAACAGCCAUCUGGGUCAAUCCUCAACACCACAGAAGGAACUCAGGUUAAGUCCGAGUCCGGCCCUCCAUCCCCCAUCAGAGGACUCCUUCAACUCCAGCUUCAGUUUCAUCCAACAGUCGCUCAGCUCCAGCCAGAGGACGGACACAAUCACUACACCAGCACGGGAACCAGAACCACUAAAUCCAUCAAGUAAAGCACCUAACUUGCCUCAAACAAAACCAGAAACCUUAUCCAGUGAGCACAAUUUGUCAAAGCAGGCAGCUCCUGUCCAAACACUGUCUGCCUCCACUCCAGGCAGCCAUGCAGAGAGAGAGGAGCUGUCGUUAGGUGGGAGGUUUUGGCUGCCUGACUGUGACUCUCGACCUGUUGACAUAGAGGUGACCUCCUCGCUGUCUGUGGACUCUGACACCGCCUCCGCCUCCUCCGUCACCUCCGGCUACGAGAGCGCCACGCCUGCCUCGGAGCACGGCUGGGACAACCUGGUGAAGAAAUACGAGGGAGUGCUGCAGGACUGCCUCCAAAACAACCGCACGCACACCAAGAUUGAGUCCAUGAUGUUGAAGCUGCAGAGACUUCAGCAGAAAGCCAUUUUGGAUGACGACUAUGACGCAGCUGAGCGUUUUGGGAAGAAGCUGGAGGAGCUGUGCAGAGAGCGAGGAGCUCUGCAGCUGGGUUUACCCUCCAGACAGCCCAGCGUGGCUUUGUUCCUGGAGAGGCUCAGACAGGUGGUGCACAGCGCCCUCCAGAGGAGCGACUGCAGCCAGCGCAGGCCAGUGACUCAAUGGGAGGGUGCAGAGCCUGAUGCAGGGGAGCGAUCUGACUCAUCGCAGGGUCCACUGCAACGAAGAGAACGUCUCAUUCAAGAGAAACGGCUGGUAGAGGAGGAAAUCGUGGAGCUGGAACGGCGGCUGGCAGAGCUGAAGGACCGCAGUCGAUGCCUGGAGCAGCAGAUCCAGCAGGAGGAGCAGCAGGUGGAGGCCGAGGAGCUGGAGGGCUCCGUGCUGAGGAGCUGCACCGUGGCUCAGCUCCGCGACAUGAGCCGAACCCUGCAGGACCUCGUCACGUCCGAAAACCGGACACAGAUCUCCGUGUCUCCUCCGCCCUCCAUGCUCAGACUCCAGGAGCAGGAGCAGGCACUGAAUCUGUCCAUCAAGGAAGCUACAGCUAAAGUGGUCAUGAGUCAGAGGCUGGGCAGCAGCCUGAGGAGGAAAGUCAGCGAGACUGAAACGCAGCUUUUGGCACUGCAUGAAGCCAAACUGGCAGCCAUCUCAGGUAAUGACUUCAGCAGUGCCAAGGAGCUAAAAGCUGAGAUGAAGGCGGUGUACCUGGAGCGGGACCGGCUGGAGGCUCUGGCCAAGAGGCUGCACAGCCUCAGCUCGGGCAGCAGCCAGGAGCUCGCCAGGAUGAAGGAGCAGCGGCAGCAGCUCAGACAGGAGCUGGAGCAGAGGGAGGCCCAGCAUGAAAGCCGCCUGAAAGAGAACACUACCAAGUAUAUCGAGCUACUGGAGGACAGAUUGCACAGUUGUGGUUGCCCAGGCUUGGAGCGAAUCUGGGAAGCCGACCUCGAAGCAUGUCACCUUUUCUUGAGAGGUCUCCAGCUGCGGACUCCCAGCUGCAGUGGAGCAGAUAUCGAAGACCUCCCCCCCGCAACAGUUUAUCCUCCAACCCAACUAUGCACCAAAGAGGAAGAAGACUGUGCCAUGUUGACUGCUUUAGGAGGUCGCUGGUGUCCCGAGGCCAACUUACAGAACUCAGAGUUCACUAAGAAACUGGAGGAGUUUUUGUUCUGCAUGGAGGAUAACCACCCAGAGGAUGGGUGCAGCGAGGCCGAGGCUACAGACCUGACAGAGCGCUGCGAACUGAUCAGCGACAGACUAAUGACCUUAGAGGAUGAAUUGCAGACGGCCAUACUGAACCGGGAUCAGGCCCUCACCCAGUCUUUAGAAAAAGAAGUUCAGGAAGUGAAAUCCACUUUACAAACUAUGCUCGCACAGCUCAAGGUGGAAGAAGAAGAAGAAGAAGAGGAGGAGGAAGAGGAGGAAGUGAAUGAGUUGAAUGACCUCAUGAAAAAUGGGACUGAGGAAGAAGAAGAGGAAGAGGAAGAGGAGGAGGACCAGUACUUCAGUGACAGUUGGGACAUUUGAAAUGGAAUCCUGUAGUGUUUCAUGGGCACUCACACACAGACGGGCUCUCGGAGAGCCUGACCUCGGCUUUGCAGUAGAACUGACCCCAUAUCCAUUUACUGUAAAGCCUCACUCAAAGCGCUUCACAACCAGCCUCUGUGGUACUGCUGGAAGUUUCCACUACAAAGCCUUGGAAAGUCUGUGUAACAUUCAUCCAUCUUCAGAUGGAGAAACAUGAAGCAUUUUCAUACAAAUGCAACACGUGAGACACUUUCCUGCAAACUUUGGAAGUUUCUCAAACCUUGAGAAUGCCUUUGACCAAGAGUUUAUAUGGUAAUUAUUUUUAAAUUAAGAUGUUUUUAGAUUUCAUGCCAUGUCUUGCUGAGCAAUUAAUAUUUUUUCAAUUUUUACUGUAUAAACAUAACCAAUUUUGUUGUCAUUUGCAAACCGGUUGAGUCUCAGAAGUUUAAAAUUAAAGUAAGACUGCAACUUUUUCAGAACAAACUUGUUGAAUUUUGCCCAAGUGGACAAUCUAAAAGUAUUUUUUGUGUGUUUUUUUUUUUUUUGUAUUACUGGUAACAGUUUUGCACAUAAACUAAAACUUAUACUUAAUUUUCAGGUCAUCCAGCCACUUUUGUGUGUUCUCUGUACGACUGGACUUCACUUCCGUGUAAUUUGGUCCAUGAAAUAACAUUUGUGGUGCUACGAAACGUGACCUAACUUGAACACUUUAUUUUCUUUGUGUGGAAAAUGCAAUAUUUAGAUUGUUUCUUUGCUCUCUUCAAGCAGUGUAGACGUGCUCUGAAUUUUUAAAAUUCAUCUGCCACAAUAGUCAAAUUGUGUUUUGUGCAUGUCGGAAAUAGUGAAGGAUAAAAUAUCAGCAGGCACAUAAAGUAAGUAUUUGCAACUGCUGUUUUGUUGUUGUUGUUUUCCUACUGACUGCCACUGAUUGUUUUUAUUUUAUUUGCAAAUAUACUUUCACUGGGUGUCACUUGACUUCUUGCCAGAAAACAUAUUUGUACUUUCACUCAUUAAUCAGUUUUUAAUUCACUGUGCAGCUUGAAGCCGCUGUAUUGGUUUUCAUAUUUAUUCCUUACAGCAUCUCACUAAUUACAGCAUGUACCAUUCAGCCUAA